AUGGAAUUACCCCCAAAGAUGUCUGAAAGUCCUACAGAGCUAAGGAUUGUGCUGCUCGGCAAGAAUGGCUCUGAGAAGAGUGCUGUUGGGAACUUCAUCCUGAACACAGUGGCAUUUGAUCCCAACUUUGUACAAAACCACUGUGAGAGAGCCAGGGGUCAGGUGGAGGGAAGACACAUAGCUGUAAUCAACACUCCAGACCUGUUAGACCCUCACAUCUCACAUGACAAACUCUCAGAGGAACUGCGUUGCUGUGUCACUCUGUCUAAACCGGGACCUCAUGUGUUCCUGUUGGUGCUGCAGCCUGAGGAGUUCACACAGGAAGAGGGAGACAGAAUCAGGACAAUCCUAGACACCCUCAGUGACCGGUCCUUUGACUACUCAAUGGUACUGACAACUCAUGAAGACAAGAGGGGACACAUGGAUGAGGAUCACCCUCUGAAUCAGAUGGUCAGAGCCUGUAGAGGGAGGCAGCACCUCAUGCACCUCAGUGACCACACUCAACUUAUGGCAGAUAUUGACAAGAUUGUAAAGGAGAAUGGAGGAGACUAUCUCACCUGUGAGAUAUUUGAAGAUAGUUCAAGUGGCAUGUUACAAGGGAAAGAGGAAAUCAACAGGAGUAAAACUGAUGGAAGCCUCAAAUCUUCCUCUGAGGAAGAACUUGGAAAGGAUAUUUUGGAACAAGGUGAAUCAGCACAAUUGGACAAAUGGGAGAAAAUUAGAGAAAUUGUGUCUUCACUCAGGAUUGUGCUUCUGGGGAAGAAUGACGACAAGAAGAGUACAGUGGGUAACAUGAUCCUACAGAAAGAGGCUUUUAGGCCUGCUCAUUUCUUCAACUAUAAACAGCCAUGUGAUUCAGCCAGUGGGGAGGUGAAUGGCAAGUCUGUUACUGUUGUAAAGACUCCAGACUUCUUUGCUCCACGUCUGACUGUGCAGUCCCUGAUGGAGGAGAUGGAGAAAUGUAAGUCCCUCUCUGCUCCUGGGCCUCAUGGGGUCCUGCUGGUGUUGAAGCCUGAGGGGUUCACAGAGGAGAACAGAAACACAUUCAAGUUGAUCCUGAGCAUAUUUGGUAAAGAAACCUUCAAGUACUCAAUGGUGAUCAUUACUCACCGCAAGGGAGUCACAAGAAAUCCUCAUCUGAGACAAAUGAUCGAAGAAUGUGGAGGAAGGCAUCAUGAAAUGUACAAACAAGGAAGUGACCACAAAGAGUUAACUGAAAAGAUAGAAAAGAUGGUAGAGGAGAAUGAAUGGAGAUACCUCACCUCCAAUGAAGAGACAACACAUGAUACCAUGACACCAAAGGCUCAGAGACUGAACGUGGUUCUGUGUGGCAGAAGAGGAGCCGGGAAGACUUCUAUAGCCAAUGCCAUACUGGUCCAUGCUUUCCUCCUGGUCGUACCUUUGGGUCCACUCACUGAUGAAGACAAAGGAGAGUUGGAGGCCAUCCAGAAGAUUCUCAGCUCACGAGUCAAUUACUUUUUCAUGGUCCUGUUUAGACAGGAUAACAUUCCAGUUGAUAAAACUGCAGUUGACUUUGUGGAACAAAAUGCAGACACAAAGCAACUGAUCAAGAUAUGCGGAGGGCGGUAUAAAAUCUAUGAUGCUUUGAAAAUUGAUAACGCCAAGCAGACGACAGAACUUGUAGCAGAAAUAGUCAAAAUGAUGGAUCAGAACAGAACCUGCUACACUCUGUACAUGUACAUGGAGGCUAAACACCAAUCAGAACUGGAGGAAAAGAACAGAAGAAUCAAGGAUUUAGAGGAGAGAAUCAGGAACAUGUCACAAGGUGAGUUUGUUGAACACAGGGAGGAACAAAUAUUGGGGGGUGAUUGGGAAAACAAUGAUUUAACACUAUGA